AUGAAGCAUCGCUCGUCAGCAAUGAAUAAAUUGCUGCUGCUGCUGCUGCUUGUCGCCUCGGCCGCCGGCUGCAGAUUCUUCCUCGUCGCCCGUGCAAGUGCACCGCACCACCGACCCAACCAGACAAACAACAGCCUCGCUGCCGCGAGCUGCAUUCCGAGCGAGAGGGACGCGCUGCUGGCGUUCAAGCGAUCCAUCACAGGCGAUCCCGCAGGCCGGCUGGCGUCGUGGCGGGAACAAGACCAUGACUGCUGCCGCUGGGGAGGUGUCCGGUGCAGCAACGUCACCGGCCAUGUGGUCGGGCUCUAUCUCCCAGCCCCGACUGCUCCCUGCGAUUUGGAUGGCAUCCUUGGUACUGGCUCCGAAGACCUGGAUGACCCAAUAUUCCAGUGCUCGGCGGAUGGUGGAGCAUUUCUUGAAGGCCAGAUACCAGCUCCUCUGUUCUCUCUGCGACACCUGGAGCAUCUCGAUCUCAGCUGGAAUGCGCUCGACGGUAUUAUGGUGCCUCAUCAGCUCGGUAAUCUUUCCAACCUUCAGUAUCUCAAUCGCUCCAACACUGGCAUGCACUCCUCGGAUAUAUCAUGA